AGGAAACCUAUAUACAUAGAGCCUGGACCCUAUAAAGGAGACCUAUAUACACUGAGCCUGGACCCUAUAAAGGAAACCUAUAUACAUAGAGCCUGGACCCUAUAAAGGAAACCUAUAUACAUAGAGCCUGGACCCUAUAAAGGAAACCUAUAUACACUGAGCCUGGACCCUAUAAAGGAAACCUAUAUACAUAGAGCCUGUCCUGGCUGGACCUGUACAGGAGCCUAUAUACAUCCCUCAUAUAUGGAGGCCAUGUCCUAUUCUAUGUCCGGACAUAGCUGGAUCCCUAUAAAAGGAUUCUGACAUAACUGGACCCCACACAGGGCCCUAUAUACAUACCGCUUCACCCAUGACAAAUCUUCUAAGAGACAUCUAUAUACUGCGCCAACAUAGCUGAAUAGGACCCUAUAUACUAAUCCCAAGCAGAAGCUGCCUCUCUAUCACCCGCCCUAUAUCUCAUCCCCUACAGCUGGAGCGUAUAUAUCCUAUAUAGAAGGAUGCCAGGCACAGGGGGUAUUAUAUAGGGUCCCCAUUCCUGAGCAACAGGCCCUGACCCUGCCUAUAUAUUGGGUUCCCUGUCUAAAGCCAUAUAUAGAGAGCAGGAUCCUCCCCAUAACCUGGUACAGGUGUAUGGGCUCUUCACUACUGGCAGGGAGGCAGCGAGGUGGGUACAGUGCCCGUGUGUCACAGGAGCUUCCUUAUUGGAUCUCCAUAUAGGUUACACAGCUGGUACAGGGGAGGAGUAUUCCUAUACAUGUGGUACACUGAUUGCAGGUAGACAGGUGGGCAGGGUGCCCGACUGGCAUAGAGGCUGCGGUACAGUAUAUAGGUAGGGGCACAAAGUGGUCAGGUCAUAGGUCAUACAUGCACUGGACGUAGGGGCCUUUGUGCUGCCAUAACUCGUAGACUUACCUUGGUCACCAUGCUGUACGGGAGGACAGAGCUACAAGCUGCCAUCAUGUGCCCAGGCUGCCCAGGGGCAUCUCUCCUGAGGUCUGGACUCUUCUACCUUCUGCUCUUUGCUCACAGCUCCCAGGGACGGGCCUGCGAGAAGAGUCCAUGCUUCUCCGGACGUUGCGUCAACUCUACCUGCGUGUGUGACCCGGGCUGGGUCGGAGAACAGUGCCACCACUGCCAAGGAAGAUUCAAGUUGACGGAGCCUUCGGGGUUCCUGACAGACGGACCCAUCAACUACAAGUACAAGACCAAGUGCACCUGGCUCAUCGAGGGAUAUUCCAACGCCGUCCUGAGGUUGCGCUUCAAUCAUUUCGCCACCGAGUGCAGCUGGGACCAUAUGUACGUGUACGACGGCGACUCCAUCUACUCCCCCCUCAUCGCCGUACUGAGCGGUCUCAUCGUCCCCGAAGCGGCCGGCAACGAGACGGUCCCGGAGGUGGUCACCACGUCAGGAUACGCCCUGCUCCACUUCUUCAGCGACGCCGCGUACAACCUCACCGGGUUCAAUAUAUUUUACUCAAUAAAUUCCUGUCCAAGCAAUUGUUCCGGCCAUGGCAAGUGCACGACCAGCAGCUCCGUCCCCGGCCGCGUCUACUGUGAAUGUGACAAGUACUGGAAGGGCGAGGCCUGCGACAUCCCCUACUGCAAGAAUAACUGCGGCAGCCCCGACCACGGCUACUGCGACCUGACCGGAGAGAAGCUGUGUGUGUGCAACGACAGCUGGCAGGGUCCGGAUUGCUCGCUCAGCGUCCCCUCCACCGAAUCCUACUGGAUCCUGCCCAAUGUGAAGCCGUUCAGCCCCUCGGUGGGCCGGGCCUCCCACAAAUCCGUUAUGCACGGAAAGUUUAUGUGGGUGAUCGGGGGCUACGCCUUCAAUUACAGCUCCUUUCAGAUGGUGCUAAACUACAAUGUGGAGAGCAGCAUCUGGAAUGUGGUCCCGGUUAACCCCGUGCAUACAGCGCCCCCUCAGAGAUACGGACACUCGCUGGCGCUCUACCAGGAUGAGAUCUACAUGUACGGAGGGAAGAUCGAGACCAACGGGGGGAACGUCACCAACGAGCUCUGGGUGUUCGAUAUCUCCAGCAAGUCGUGGAGCACGAGGACCCCGCAGGUCCUGAAUCACGGGCAGCACUACGCAGUGGAGGGGCACACCGCGCACAUCCUGGAGCUGGACAGCCGGGAGGGGGUGAUGGUCAUCAUCUUCGGCUAUUCUGCCGUCUAUGGAUACAUCAGCAACGUCCAGGAGUAUUACCUGAGGUCCAACACGUGGCUGGUGCCCGAGACCCGGGGGGCCAUUGUGCAAGGAGGAUACGGCCACACCAGCGUCUACGACCCCAUCACAAAGUCUGCGUAUGUGCACGGAGGAUACAAGGCUCUGCCGGGCAACAAGUACGGCCUUGUGGACGAUCUCUACCGAUAUGAAGUCAAUACCAGGACCUGGAUGAUCCUGAAGGAGAGCGGUCUGUCGCGGUACCUGCACUCUGCGGUGCUGAUCAGCGGCGCCAUGCUGGUGUUUGGCGGCAACACGCACAACGACACGUCCCUGAGCAACGGCGCCAAGUGCUUCUCUGCGGACUUCCUGGCCUACGACAUCGCUUGUGACGAGUGGAAGGUUCUCCAGAAGCCCAAUCUGCACCGCGAUGUCAACAGAUUUGGCCACUCGGCUGUAGUCAGUAAUGGGUCCAUGUAUGUAUUUGGCGGAUUCUCCAGCGUUCUUCUGAACGACAUCUUGGUGUACAAACCUCCAAGUUGCGAGGCGUUUCUUACCCAGGAGCAGUGCACCAACGCCGUGCAGGGCAUCAGCUGUCUGUGGGACCAGGGCCACUGUGUGUCUUUGGAGACCGCGCACGCCAGCAGCAGCCUGUUCCGUGCUCAUUGCCCCAACAAAUCCGCGCCAGCAGACGACCGGUGCUACAAGAAUACGGACUGCGCCAGCUGCACCGCCAACACCAACGGCUGCCAGUGGUGCGACGACAAGAAGUGCAUGUCCCUGAGCAGCAACUGCAGCAUGUCUGUGAAGAGUUACGUGAAAUGUUAUGUGAGGAACGAGCAGAUCUGCAACAAGCUGACCAGCUGCAAAAGCUGCUCCCUCAACCUGAACUGUCAGUGGGAUCAGCGGCAACAGGAAUGCCAGGCCCUGCCCGCUCAUCUAUGUGGAGAAGGAUGGAGCCAUGUAGGGGACGCCUGUCUGCGCAUCAACUCCAGCCGGGACAGCUACGACAAUGCCAGGGUGUACUGUCACAACCUGAGCGGCAGCCUCGCCUCCCUCACCACCCCCAAAGAAGUGGACUUCGUACUAGAUGAGAUGCAAAAGUAUACAGUACAGAAACUCUCCCCGUGGGUUGGAUUACGGAAGAUCAAUGUCUCCUAUUGGGGCUGGGAGGACAUGUGCCCCUUCACUAACACCACCCUGCAGUGGCUCCCGGGUGAGCCCAGUGACUCGGGGUUCUGUGCCUACCUGGAGAGGGCAGAGGUGGCCGGACUGAAGGCGAAUCCCUGCACCGCCAUGACGGACGGCCUGGUGUGUGAGAAGCCAGUAGUCAGUCCCAACCAGAACGCCCGGCCGUGUAAGGUGCCCUGCUCCCUGCGGACGUCCUGCUCCAACUGCACCAGUAACGGCAUGGAGUGCAUGUGGUGCAGCAACACCAAGCGUUGCGUGGACUCCAACGCUUACAUCAUCUCCUUCCCGUAUGGACAGUGCCUGGAGUGGCAGACCAACACCUGCUCCCCUCAGAAUUGCUCGGGGUUCCGCACCUGCUCUCAGUGCUUGGAGCACCCGGGUUGUGGUUGGUGCAAUGAUCCCAGUAACACCGGGAAGGGCAGCUGUAUAGAAGGUUCCUCCAGGGGCCCCAUGAAAUCUCAGGGUAAACAGUCCAGUGAGAUGGUCCUGGACUCCGGCCUGUGCCCACGGGACAAAAACUUCGAGUGGUCAUUUAUCCACUGUCCAGCGUGCCAAUGUAACGGGCACAGUACCUGCAUCAACAACAACGUGUGUGAACAGUGUAAGAACCUGACCACAGGGAAACAUUGUGAGGCCUGCAUGCCCGGCUACCACGGGAAUCCCACCAACGGAGGAGAGUGUGAAGCCUGUGAAUGUAAUGGACACGCCAGUAUCUGUGAGAUGCAGACCGGGAAAUGCCACUGUACCACCAAGGGGAUCAAAGGAGACCACUGCCAGCUAUGCGAUUCUGAGAACCGCUACUUGGGGAAUCCGCUGCGAGGAACCUGCUAUUACAGCCUCCUCAUCGACUAUCAGUUCACCUUCAGCCUCAUCCAGGAGGACGAUCGCCACCACACGGCCAUCAACUUCAUCGCCAACCCCGAGCAGUCAAAUAAGAACUUGGACAUCUCCAUCAAUGCUUCGAAUAACUUCAACCUCAACAUCACGUGGUCGAUCGGGUCAACUGCCGGCACCAUCUCUGGAGAAGAAGUCCCCCUGGUGGCCAAGUCUCACAUCAAGGAAUAUCGGGACAGUUUCUCUUGUGAGAAGUUCAAUUUCCGGAGUAACCCCAACAUCACCUUCUAUGUCUACGUCAGCAACUUCUCAUGGCCAAUCAAGAUCCAGAUCGCCUUUUCCCAGCACAACACCAUCAUGGACCUGGUGCAGUUCUUCGUCACGUUCUUCAGCUGCUUCCUGUCGCUCCUCCUGGUGGCCGCCGUGGUUUGGAAGAUUAAGCAGACGUGCUGGGCGUCUCGGCGGAGAGAGCAACUUAUGCGGGAGCGUCAGCAGAUGGCGAGCCGACCGUUCGCCUCGGUGGACGUGACGCUGGAGGUGGGUGGAGCCGAACAGACGGAAUUCCUGCGAGGACCCGUAGAGGGUGUGCCAAAACCAAUCGCCAUAGAGCCGUGCUGCGGGAACAAAGCUGCCGUCCUCACUGUUUUUCUCUGUCUGCCCAGAGGAUUGGCCGGAGUUCCUCCACCAGGACAAUCAGGUCUCGCCAUCGCCAGCGCCCUCAUCGAUAUAUCGCAGCAGAAAUCCUUGGACUGCAAAGACAAAAGUUCAUGUGUUCGGAAUCGGAAGCCCCAUCCCCCGACCAGACAAGGGACUUGUGUUUGAGGCCUCUGAGGAGCUGGAGGGAUGUGACAAUGUAUCGUUUUUGUUUUUCUUUUUUGAGAAUUUUGUAAUAAAUAUCUGACGGCUUCCGAGGAGCGACCAGAUCCGGUGGCCAUGGCGGAUCCUCCGGACGUCUGUCGGUGACCGCGACCUUCCUGGAGCCGUAGGAGGGCCGGAGAACGACUGCAUGAAAAGUCUUAGGGACUGAAGUGACGAAAAGGAGCCGGGGGGGGGGGGGAGGGGCGAGGGCGGAGGAACGGCAACAUGGCGUCUUCGGAACUGCGCCGGUACAGCGUGGAAGAAGGAGCCGGUGCUGAGAGAAUUAAAGGGACAGCGUCCGAAUUAGACUUCCGUGUAAAUACCCUGUGGAGUUUGGGGUCCACGGGAUGUGGAGUUUGCAGCAUGUCCGUAACCAGUCAGGGGAUUCUGUGGGGAACGAACGAGCACUAAAGAGACUCUUAGGUUUUUUUUUUUUUUAUUAUUGUAAAAGGGACAAAAAAAUAAAUGAAGGCACCAAAUGUAUUUAAUACCAUAGAGGACGGAGGAGGAAUAGGGAAUCACCACUCCACCCCCGACGGGUUUUGUUUUUAUAGAUUUUUUUUAUUUUAUAUUUUUGUUCUUUUUUUUGUUUCCUUCGGGUUGAGGAUGGGUUAGUGCAAUAAACAGCAGCGAUGGCUAAUAAUAGAGAUAGCGCCGUGCCGCUCCUGGCCGGGGACAUAGCUGGGUCUCCCCGGACGGUGUGUACAGAGGGUCACGUGACCGCGCCCGCUGUUUGUACAGGCCCCGGUUGUCAGGCUCUGAUGAAUCCAUGUGAUGACCCUGUUUUGUACCCCCGGGGGGCGCUCUGUGGUCGGCGAUGCAUGCCGCGCUGCUGCAGAGUGCGAUAUUUCGGUGUUUUUUCUCUUCUUUUUGUAAUUCAGCUUUGUUGUGCUGAACAUGUACAAUAUUCUAUAUAUAGGACACAAUGUACAGUUUAUAACAACCUCAUAUACAGGAAAUCUCCACCCGCCAGAAAUGCCACCGUGUUCCAAUAAAAGGCGUUUCUCUCUA